AUGCACCGCGAGCGCGAUCACGCGCGCCGCCUGCGCCAAGCCGUCCGGACGCCCAGGCUGGGAGGAGGUGAAAUGGCAGCCUCUUCCUCAUCCUCUUCAGCUGGUGGAGUCAGCGGCAGCUCCGUAACUGGAUCGGGGUUCAGCGUUUCGGACCUGGCACCGCCCCGAAAAGCUCUUUUCACUUACCCCAAAGGAGCUGGGGAGAUGCUGGAAGAUGGCUCCGAAAGAUUCCUGUGUGAAUCCGUCUUCAGCUAUCAGGUUGCGUCUACAUUAAAGCAAGUGAAGCACGAUCAACAAGUCGCACGGAUGGAAAAACUAGCUGGGCUGGUGGAAGAGCUGGAGGCAGAUGAGUGGAGGUACAAGCCAAUAGAGCAGCUCCUGGGAUUCACUCCCUCCUCAGGCUGAAUGUGGCUGGAUGGCUGCUGUCGGGGAGCAGAAGAAAAACAUUCUCUGGCCUGGCUUCAAAACACACCCCCGCUUAUCAGGAUGCUGACAGCUGCAGCGGCACGACUGGGCUUUGGGUUAACUUGGGAGUGGGGAUCCCCAAUAAAGCUGCCAGGAAAUGCAGACGAUGGGAUUCUUUAGGCCCCUGCCACAGUGCAGGCUGGCAGGGCUCCAUUUCUGUAACUUAGGAGAUAGCUUGGAGACUCACCGGAGGAGGGAAGAUGUACAGUGUGGUGGUGGGGAAAAGCCACCUGGUAAGUCUCUCGGCCUGUCCUGGGUGAUUGGUGCAAUGGGAAGCCCAUGUCGUUGCCUCUCAAGCUAGACCUCUGUAGAGCAGAGGUGCAACACCCUGCCAGAAAUGCUCUUCAGCUCUGGCUGCUAUUUUGGGGGUGAACAGGAUGAGAACUGUCCUCUGGGUCAGUUGAGAGGGGGCAUGUGGGGGCUUUCCUAGUGGCACCUUUCGUAUCAUGGGAGUUGUUCUCUCUCCACUGCCAUUUCUGUUGUCCCUGCACAGCAAGUGCUGGUAGGACACUGCUCUCUUUUUUUU